AUGAGCGUUAUACAAAAGAUCGCAACUGAAGCUGUUGAGACUGAUCUUCGUGAAAUGUUAGCUAUUAUCACUGAUACACUAGCUAUUAGAACACUUUACCUUAACGAUGAAAAAACGAGAGAAUAUCGUAACAGAUUGGACGAAGCUUAUGGCACACAUACAGCUGAAUAUAAUGAAUUGACUAAAGUUGAACAGAUAGGUGAGUAUAUUAACAAGCAUCAUUCGUUACUUCCAGUAUUUGCGAAAGACUUCAUAUACUCGUUGAGUAUUGCUAGUCAAGGAUAUGAUGAGCUCAGUCAAGCUUCAAUUUAUGGACAAAUCGCAGACCAUUUAUGCAAAGCCUCAACUCGUAACUUUCAUAUGGCAAUUCGGCAAAACCCUCAAGGAGAGCUACAGUUUAAAAAGUUAUUGUAUAAAACAAAAUCUUAUGAGCAUCUUGCGUACUACGGAGAAUUGACGUCUGAGCUUUUGGAGCUUAUUUUCGCAUUAGAUCCCGCCAUAGACGAUGAUGAAGAGAUAGAACAGGACAUUUUACCUUUCAUUAUUACCAUAGCUAAUCGAAGCGUGCUAGAACAGCUAUAUGAAAAACUUAUGUCAAAAUAUUCUUUUGAACGUUUACUGGCCGGACGACUACUUGUUCAUUUAGCGUCAUGUGAUGCGAUUUCUGCCCAAGAAGCGAAUGAUAAAAUCUUAAUCGCAAUACAAGAUUCGUUUGCUCAACAACAAAUGAAAUGGUUUCAUGCUGACAACAAAGACUGUCGAGGACAUGAUGGCUUGGCUCAGCAAAUGGGUCUGAUGCUUUUACAACUAUCUUUCGCUCAUAGGAAUCCAUUGACCAGUAGUUCUCCAUUGUGUCAUGAGCCCACAUUUGUUUUUCACUAUGCAAAACAAAUCAGAAAUCAAGUGGUGUGCCUUUUUACUACAAAUGAAAUAUUGCAUGUAGUUGAAACUGAUGACAGCAACGAUACACAUUAUAUCGAUGAUGAUAACAACAAUGGUGACAUCGAUGAGGAUGACGUCGAUGAUGACAUCGGUGAGGAUGACGUCGAUGGUGACAUCGGUGAGGAUGACGUCGAUGGUGACAUCGGUGAGGAUGAUAGCAGCGGAUGA